GGCAUGUCUGCAGAGUCAGAGGAGGAUCCUAUUGAUAGCUUCUGCAGGAACCAUGCCAUCCUCACCAAGGCAGAACAGGUGGAGGAGGAGGACAGCCCCGCUCUGCAAGAUGUGCUCAUGACCCAGGGACAUCUGCAUCUGCCAGGAAUAGAAGAAGUGGAGGCACUGGCCUUGCUGCUCCUAGAACUGGUAGACGACAGCGACCGCCACCUAGUGCCAGCUGACCUGAGGCAGAAGAUCAUCACCGCCGCCAGCUCUCUUCACGAGCACGACAAGACCGCCGCCAGAUUUGUUAAAAAAUAUGAGUCCAGGUGGGGCUACACCCUGUUUGGCCGGUGUCUUGGGGCUGACACCCACGAGACCAGAGCAGCUCAGAAAACAAAGUUUGGCUGGAUGAGGUUCCCUCAGGCGGCACAGGUGACAGAAGACAGCCGUCUGCUCUACCUCCUCAUCAAGAUGCUCAAAAACCGACCGCCGUGCAGUCAACUCUCCUCCCCCAGUAAAGUCGUGGCUUCUAUUAAGGGGCAGUAUAAAAGGAUUGCAGACCGACUAAGAGACGAUGCCAUCCUGUGCGGCCUCGCCAUUCCUCUGCCCAAUGUGAAUGCGAAAUCCAUCUCCACCUUUAUUGUGAGGGAGGAGAAAAAGGCCAACUACAGAGCAACAGUAAUGCCCAGAGUGACACCACACAAGAAAGUGUUGUCAGACACACCGCUUCCAGAAGCUCCUGUGCUGCCAACAUCCUUGCCUCCACCAGAUCGGCCUGAAGUGCAGUACCAGCACCUUCAUCACCUGGCUGGGAAAAGGCAGGGUGAGAAGCGGAGGUUAGCUUUUGAAGAGCCAGAACCGGCCCCUGUGAACCGGCCCAUUCCGCCAAACCCCGCGAACCGGCCCAUUCAGCCAAAGCCUGCUGCGUCGGCCCAUAUUCCACCCGCUGUGUCGGCAGCUGCACCUCUACUCCUGGUUCUUCCUGCACAGCCACAAGCUCCCUCCAUCAAACUUCUGGGGCCAUCAGGCAGUCAGGGCUUUGUACCUGUGGCACAGCCCCCUGCACCAACCACCAAGCAACUCAUGCCCAACAAGUCCUUGCGGCCAUGUGGGGCUUGCCAAGUGCCUCAGUGUGGUGGGCAGCGGAAAAGGUACACACCUUCAAAGGACAAAGCAGCUGGAAGCAACCAGAAGAUAUUUACCUAUUGCCCGGCAACUAGGAAAUCCACUACCUCUGGGUUUGAAGAUGUUUGUUAUGAUAAUUUUGAACACUUCAAAAGUGUGGUGGACAUAGCCUUAGAAAAAAGGAAAAGCAGUUAAAAAAAUAACUGUUACUUACCUGUGUGGUGUGAUCUCCUGUCUCCUGUGAUAAUGUAAAUAAAAGAUUUUUGUGUGUUUUUAUACUUGUCUGGCCUUUGCAUAUUUGUUUUGCGAAUAAUAUUUGGUAAUCUAUGAAUAACAUUUUAAGGGAUAAAGUAGAUAAA